GUACCUGCGGAUGGCAGGAGCCCCCCGCCCUUCCCUGGAGAGCCCUGGAAAGUGUGUGUCAACGUGCACAGCUUCAAGCCAGAGGAGCUGAUGGUGAAGACCAAGGACAGAUACGUGGAGGUGUCUGGCAAUCACGAAGAGAAGCAGCAUGAGGGGGGCAUUGUGUCCAAGAACUUCACCAAGAAAAUCCAGCUCCCUGCGGAGGUGGACCCCGCCACCGUGUUCGCCUCGCUCUCCCCAGAGGGUCUGCUGAUCAUCGAGGCUCCCCAGGUGCCCCCGUACUCGCCAUCCGGAGAGAGCGGCUUCAGCAACCAGCUUCCUCAAGACGGCCAAGAGGUCACCUGCACUUGAGACCCCAGUCCUGGCCCAUCCUUGUCACCCCACCCACCACCCCCACCCCCAGGGCUUCUCUGAUUCCAGGGUACAUUAGUCAUCACUUCAGCUGAACUCGUAGAUUUAGUGCAACUAAAAUGUUGGGGGUCAGGGUCAUUUGACCAGUCCCUAGAGAGUGUAGGACUAGGUGUUUGCACCAGGGGGCGCGAUUGGCAAGUCAUGCUGGGUGGCGUUAGGCCAAAAUGCUGGAAGUGUUUCUUUCUUUACUUUUUCUGUCUCGAUAAAAAUGUUGUACAUUCAACAGCUGCACAGCAUGCAGAAGGGGACAUAGCAUGUCACACGGUGUCUCACCUUGCAGCUGAUGCCAGAGCUGCUUUUCUCUGGGGACCUCGCAUCACCCAGAUUCCUGUUCUGGGCCCCGAUGUCCGUGCCUGCCCCCUGGUUGGCUGAUGGGGCCCAUGAGCUCCCUGCACUGUGUUUCUGCGGCCCUGGCCUAUAGCGGUGACAGCAGGGCUUCCUCCCCAAACGGGAAUUACCCAACAGUCACAGGAAAGCAUCAGUGCCUUCUGCCCUCCGCCCAGCACCGGCCCCACGUUCCCGAGCUCACAGUCCCCCAGGAGUCUGGAAGCCCCUCGGUUUACCCUCCAGCUAACGUCCCCCUUCCUUGUGUCUAUGUCCUCGUCGGGAUUUUUACAGAGGGGGCUGUCUCCAGGCAGCUCCGCCAGGAACCAAGCAAAGGCCAGACAGCCGGCAGGCAGGAUAGUGGUACUGUGUGUACGGGUGGGACGUGUGUGUCAUUGUUAUUUGAAUUGUGCUGUUCUUUAGGGGAAAAAUAACAGUAAAUAAUAAUAAAGGAACUGGUGUUCUUA